UUCAUUAAACACAAGCAAAUAUAAUAAAUAUGAGUAAUAUAUUAACAGAAAAUGAUAAAACAAACUCAAACUUAAUUACCACGGAUUCUAAUUCAUCUCCAAUAUGUCGGGCUUGUUUAGCUGACAAAAACCUACAAAGUUUAUUCAUCGAACAAAAACAAUUAUCAGAAAAUGAGAAUUUAAUUCUAAAAAUGUUUGUCUCCUGUACAGCUCUCGAAGUGUCCCCAGACGACGAGUACCCCAAAUACAUCUGUGAUUUGUGUCUUCGAGACUUGUACAAGGCCUACGAGUUUUGGACGAAGUGUCGAAACUCUUUACAAGAAUUGGAUAAACUCAAAGAUAAAAUACAAAGUGUUUAUAUUAAAAACGAAAAUGAUGACUUGGAUGUCAAAUCAGAAUGUUUUGAUACUGAUAACUUUGAAACAGAAGUCGAAAUCAAGCCUAGAAAACGCUCCAAGAGUAAAAAGACUAAGAAGAGUAAAGUGAAAGCAAUAGAUCCUGUAAGUUUUUUAAAACAAGAAGCUACUUUUGAAGACAACGAGAUAAACUUAAACACCAACAUCGAUAGUGAUUCUACAAACAAUACAUACAGUUGUACUGUAUGCCCCAAAAAAUAUAAAACUUCCCACGACUUAGACACACACAUGAAAAAGCAUUCUGCACCUUCAGACAACCCGAUCCAUCUAUGCCAGUUGUGUGGUUCCAUCUUAUCCUCAAGCCGUACUUUGCUGGAGCACCUCGAAUCCCACUCUGAUGAAAGAAAGUACGACUGCAAAAUCUGUGGCAAGUCUUAUAAAACACGUAAAACCCUACACGCACACACACUCAUCCACGCAGUGGACAAAAAACACACCUGUGAACACUGCGGUCAAAAAUUCAGAGUCAACCAUUCUCUACGGUGUCACAUUAAACGCUGUCACUCCAACGUACGCCCUUAUGUCUGUUCAAUAUGCUCCAAAGCCUUCAAGUUCUCUUACAAACUCACUGUCCAUGUCCGCCAGCACACCGGGGAGAAGCCCUACACUUGCAAAGAGUGCAACAGCGCUUUUGUAUGUGGCAGUAGACUGAAGAUGCAUAUGCUGAAACAUACGGGUGUCAGGAAUUAUGCUUGUGCAGUUUGUGAUAAGAAGUUUCUGCAGCCCCAACAUUUGAAGACUCAUAUGAUUACGCAUACAGGGGAGUGUAAACAUAAAUGUGGGGUUUGCGGGAAGGCUUUUAAGUACUCGCAGAUGCUGAAGAGCCAUUUGAAAGUACACGAGGGAGAGAAGAUAGAUGAUGGAGAAGUGGGAGUUGUUAAAGAGUAG